GUGUGUAUGUGUGUGUGUGUGUUUAACUGUUAAUUGCUUUUGAUAUUUUUUUACAAGGCGGUGUGAGGAAGUCAGACCAAAUAGCAGGAAGGUACUGCAGCAAGAUGGAUUUGGGAAAGGACCAAUCUCAUUUGAUGCUCCAUCAGACACCUGAUCCUCAUCAAGAAAAGAACCAUGUUCCAGAAGUCAUUGGGCCUUGGAGUUUGCGAAACAGAGAGCAACUCAGAAAAAGAAAAGCUGAAGCACAAGAAAAGCAGACUUCACAAUGGCAAUUUGGAGGGAAAAAACAAAAGCGACAGAGAACAGGAAAAGGAAACCAAAGAGGCAGAAAGAGACAACAAAAUACAGAACUGAAGGUGGAGCUUUGGUCACAAUCAGAAGAAGAAAUGUUGGAGAAAGCACUAGUACCUACAGAGAAAGAAACUGAAUUACCUAGGAAUGUAACUGAAGCUCUCCCUCCGGUAGCCUCCCCACAAAGAGUUGUAUCUGAGAAAAAUUUCCCUGCCAUAGGUCAAGCAAGCAUUAUACAUCAGGAAAAUUCUCCUGAAUACCAAGAAAUAACAGUACAAAACCACCCUUCUGAGAUAGGCCAACAUAUGGUUGAAACUGAAGUCCUCUCUCCUAAAAUGUGCCAAGAAACAGCUGUAGCCAAAACCCUACCUUCUAAAACAUCUGAAGACACAGCUGACCUAGAAGGAUGUUCUCUUGAAGCAUACCCCAAACCAGAUGUGGCUAAAGGCUACGCUCUUGAGACAUACCAAAAAGGAGCUGAGCCCAAGGAAUACAAUUCUGAACCAGGUCAAGGAAUAGCUGAGACUGAAAGCGUCCUUCCUAAAACACAACAAGAAAUAGCUGUGCCUAAAGAGCGUUGUACAAAAACAUACCAAGAAAUAGUUGAACCUCAAGACUUUUCUCAAAAAGCAUAUAAAGAAAUUGCUGUGCCUAAAGCUCUCUCUCAUAACACAAUCCAAGAAACAUCUGUUCCUGAAGAAUAUCCACCUGAAAUAUACCAAGGAACACCUGGGUCUGAAGAAUAUUCACAUGAAAUAGACCAAGAAGAACCUGGGCCUGAAGACUGUGCACCUGAAAUAGACCAAGAAACACCUGGGCCCAAAGACUGUGUACCUGAAAUAUACCAAGAAACACCUGAGCCUGAAGACCUCUCUACUAAGACAUAUCAAAAUCAGGAUGUGCCUAAAGAAUGCUUUCCAGAACCAUGCCAAGAACUAGGUAGAUCCCAAGGCCAGGAUCCUGAAGAACACCAGGAAGAUGCUAAGAAUGUUCAUACUUUUCCUCGAGAAGUGAAAGAAAAAGCCAAAGCACAAGAACCAGAGAUGCCGGCAAUUCUAAAUGUUCCUCAAGAGAGUCACCCAGAAAAUGACGUCUAUAGUUAUGUUUUGUUUUAACAAUGCUCAACCAUCAUAGUUGUACAACAAAAUACACAUCUUAAUAUAUUACUGUGUGAUUUUCUCAAAAUAUUGUAGAAAUCUCUACAAUCUUCAUUAAUAUCUUAAUAGUGUUUUUUUUCCAUGUAUAGACUAUAUCUGGAAGAGAGAACUAAUGUGUUUUUUCAGGCUCUACCAUGUAGAAAAUAUACUGCGUGUGUGUGUGUUUGUGUGUGUGUUUUGUGUGUGUGUGUGUGUGUGUGUGUAUGUAUAUUGGGGUAAAAAUAGUGGUGGGAAGAGACAAAAAUGGAAAAAGGGGUGGGCUGAAUAAUUUUUCUCCCUAAGAACAAACAUUUCUUUGAUUAAUUAUUAAGAGCAGAAAAAUUAGUAAGUUUGAACACUUAAAACUUGGGGGAAUAUAUAUGUUUUCUUGUAACAUUUGUUCAAUUAUUAAUGUAACAAUAGCAUCAAAAUUUUAUUCAGGCUUUAGUUGGCUUUCUUAGUUAAUUUUAACAAUUCUUUUCAUUCUGGGACUCUUUCAAAAAUAUUUUGGAGUGUUGAAUGUAGUUUACUUGUGUACUUGAGUUUUGAUUUUUACUUUUUAUAUAUUGCAUUUGUGCAAAAUGUAUAUUAAAUCAUUAUUACAUGCUUAACUGUGUGGACCGCAUCAUGGUAAGCAUUUUGAGGGUUAGAAGACCUAUAACACAUAGUCUUUCCCCACCAGGGGUUUAAUUUAGUCUCACGGGCAAAUGAAACAGAAAACAAAUAAUUAUGAAAGAAAAUGGUAAGUGCUGCAUGAAUAAUAGAUCUAAUAGAGAGAACACUCACUAUUUUGCUGGAGUGAGCUGAAAAAAAUUACACGAGUGGAGCCUUGAAAGAUGGAAAAGAUUUGUAUUAUAGGUGAGGAUAACUGCAUUAUUGUAUGUGACAUAGAGAGGGGUGAAUUCAAGAUGUUCUUCAGUUAAUUCAGGGUCCAUGUGGAAUAGGCUAAUAGGCUAAAAAAUCUUGUAUUAUUAGAGUGUACAGAAUUUUGCAUACUUAACUAAGAAAUGUAUUACUUGUUAGGGAAUGGAGAGCUAAGUAAGACUUGAACAAUGAAGUGGCAAUUUUAGUAUUUUAGGAAUAUCUAUCUGGUGAUAAUGGUAAGGAUUAACUGAAAAUGAGAAGAGACUGGGGACAGGAGUAGGAACCAUUCUGGGUGAGAAGUGUCUGAAAAUAUCCCCUAGU